AUGUCUGUGCCGCCGAUCCAGUCGGGCUACCCCGCGGCGGGCACGGUAGUCGACGACGAGAUAGGAGACCCGCUGCCCAGAAAGGCCGAGAUCAAGGAGUUCAGCGAGGACUCGGGCCCCGAAGACGCCUACGGGGGCUACGGCGAGAACCCUUUCAAGGACGAAGCUGUGGCAGAGCACUGGAGGCAGGUCUAUCACGACUCUCAGUACGAAUGUCGCCACGUCUUCGACCCUACCCUGACCUGGUCGGAAGAGGAGGAGAAGGCCAUCAUUCGAAAGCUCGACUGGCGUGUGUGCCUAUGGGCUUGUUGUAUGUUCUUUGGCCUCCAGGUGGACCGGGGCAAUCUGGUUCAGGCUGUUUCGGACAACAUGCUGGAUGACCUUGGUCUGAACACCAAUGAUUACAACUACGGAAACACAGUGUUCUUGAUAUCUUUUCUCUUCGCAGAGCUGCCUUCGCAGCUCGUUUCGAAAAAGGUUGGACCAGACAGGUGGAUUCCUAUGCAGAUCUGUCUCUGGAGUAUUGUGGCUUCAUCCCAGUUCUGGAUAUCAGGCAACGCGUCAUUUCUCGUCACGAGAGCUCUUCUGGGUGUUCUAGAAGGCGGUUUCAUUCCUGACCUUGUUCUGUGGCUGAGCUAUUUCUACACCUCUCGGGAACUGCCAAUUAGACUGAGUUACUUCUGGACAACCUUGUCUGUCACUACAAUUCUCACGUCUCUCUUAGCUUUCGCGUUGCUUCACAUGCGCGGAGUGCUUGGCUACGCUGGUUGGCGAUGGUUGUUUCUGAUCGAGGGCCUCAUAACACUCACGGUUGGCAUCGCAUCUUUUUUCUUGAUGCCAGCGUCAGCUGUACAGACCAAGACCUGGUUCCGCCCGAACGGAUGGUUCAACGACCGUGAGGUGGCAAUCGUUGUGAACAGGGUGCUGAGAGAUGACCCAAGCAAAGGUGAUAUGCACAACCGCCAAGCCCUGACACCUAGGCGUCUCUUGCAGACAUUGAAGGACUACGACCUGUGGCCUCUCUACCUCCUAGGCUUGAUUAUCUUCAUUCCUCAGAGUCCGCCCUCGAAGUACUUGACCUUGAUCGUAAAAUCACUCGGUUUCAGCACCUUCAACACAAAUCUUCUCACGAUUCCAUCAAGCGUUUUGCACAUCAUAACCUUGCUUGCGAUCACGAGAUUAUCGGACUACUUGAACGAGAAGACAUUAGUGGCGAUGCUACAAUCUGUGUGGACAUUGCCCUGUGUAAUCGCCCUGGAAUGGUGGCCCGGCAUGAUCGACAACAAAUGGGGGACAUAUGCGCUCGUCACCAUACUUCUCAGCUACCCCUACUGCCACGCUAUUCUCGUGGCUUGGACAUCGAAGAACUCCAACAACGUGGGAACGAGAUCUGUCUCAGCGGCACUAUACAACAUGUCAGUCCAAUUAGGGAACAUAGUUGCGAAUUUCAUAUAUCGCGACGAUGACAAGCCUUACUACCGACGGGGAAAUUUUAAUCUUUUCAUUAUUAACCUCCUAGCCAUUGUGCUGUUUUUGUUGACCAAGGCUUAUUAUAUCUGGAGGAACAAGCAGAAGGACCGGAUCUGGAACGCGCUCAGCAAGGAGGAGCAGGAGCAUUAUAUCAAGAACACAAGACUGCAAGGGAGCAGAAGGUUGGACUUCAGAUUCUCUCAUUAG